AUGACAGAGGCGGAGACGUUGGACCCUGAGGAGGGAGCCAAAGACGACGGUGAACAGUUCGAUCCUGAGGAGGGAGCCAAAGGCAGAGGUGGAGACGGUGCACAUUUCGACCCUGAGGAGGGAGCCAAGGACAGAGGCGGAGACGGUGAACAGUUCGACUCUGGGGAGGGAUCCAAGGACAGAGGCGGAGACGGUGAACAGUUCGACUUUGAGGAGGGAUCCAAGGACAGAGGCGGAGACGGUGAACAGUUCGACUCCGGGGAGGGAUCCAAGGACAGAGGCGGAGACGGUGAACAGUUGGACCCUGAGGAGGGAGCCAAAGACAGAGGCGGAGACGGUGAACAGUUGGACCCUGAGAAGGGAGCCAAAGACAGAGGUGGAGACGGUGCACAUUUCGACGCUGAGGAGGGAGCCAAAGACAGAGGUGGAGACGGUGAACAGUUCGACCCUGAGGAGGGAGCCAAAGACAGAGGCGGAGACGGUGAAGAGUUCGAGCCUGAGGAGGGAGCUAAAAACAGAGGCGGAGUCGGUGAAGCGUUCGACCCUGAGGAGGGAGCUGAAAACAGAGACAGUGAGAAGUUGGACAGUGAAGAGGGAGCUAAAAACAGAGACGGUGAAGAGGUCGACCGCCACAGACAGGGGCGGCUGACGAUGACGCGGCCUCGAUUUCAGAAGAGAAGCUUCUGA